AUGGUCAGAGGCGAAGCUUCGACCUCUGUCAUGAUCUUGUCUUGCAGCCGCUUCUCAUUAGCCAGCCGUUGUCGCGGUGAGAAAUGGAAUAGGACUUCUACCACUGAGCUAAUAGCCCGUCGUGCGAGCCCCCCACCGGGGCCUUUUUUUGUCGCCGAAAAUGCUUGGAAGAGAAGUUUGAGACUUCAUGCCCAAGUCUGCCAUGGCAAAACGAGCAUGUCUAUUUCACCGAGCCUCUCUCCGAGACAGUGCCCAGAUCGUUACGCCUUUCGUGCAGGUCGGAACUUACCCGACAAGGAAUUUCGCUACCUUAGGACCGUCUACGAAAACAGGAAAGCGGAAACUCCAGAAGAGAGAAAUCCUGCCCAUUCUCCGGGAAGGGAGUUUCUGGUUUGCGAGGAACCUCCCCAGAAUGGCACGGCUUGGGAGCAAUUAAAGAAUAGAGUUUCAUCUCGAAAAGCGAUGAAAAAGGCUAUUGAAUUAGCGGAUACAAAAGGAAUUCGAAUACAAAUUUUGUGA